AUGAAUACUCAAGGCAUCGUUCAUUCGAAAAUCAUCAAUGAUGGAACCUGCAACAGCCCUAAGUUCUGUGCUUUUAUCGAGGAGCUUCUGGCUGAGAUCCACGACAGAGAGGAAAUGAAUGGUGCAUGGCUGAUCAUGGAUAACGCCAAGAUUCAUAAGACGGAGGAGGUGCGACGACUCUUGGAUGACACACCGUAUCAGCUGAAAUUCCUCUCGCCAUACUCCUAUAUGCUGAACCCGGCUGAGAAUGUCUUCUCAAAGAUGGUGGAGUGGAUAGAGGUGAGGUAA